AUGGGAAUUGUCGGAAGACUCGACUCGAACUCGAACGUAACCGUAGUAGCGGUAAAGGACAGAGGUGACGGAAAAUUGAACGUAGUUACCGUCAGGCGCAUGCGCGCUCCCAUCGACCCGCGAAAGCCUUCCCGGGUCCGCGCCACUGUCCUCCGCUCCACCGACCGUGCAGACAUGCUCCGCCUAGAGGCUAUAUUAUUUCUGAUAAGCGCCGUCGGGACCAUGGGAUUCCGCCCCCAUGGUUCUUUUGGGGGAGAGGACCGCUACAUGCUUACCGAAGCGUGGCUACGUGAGGUCGUGGAUCAUAUGGGGAAGGACUUCAACGACGCCGCUACCUCCUACCUUGAAUUCCCCCCCAACGAGCGAGCCCUCAACCUCAUCGCGCGCGCCAAUAAAGACAUCGACCACGAACAGAUCGACUACGACUCUCUUCUCGACGGCAAUCCCAACCCCAGUCUACGGGACCAAGAGUAUUUGCAGCACAGUUCACUUUGGGGCCAUCAAUACGUGACCGGUGGAGCCGGUGAAGGCGAACAGCGUUUGCAGCCAGCGGGAGGAUUGCCAAAUCGUCAAAUGAUAAAGACGGAUGCUGUUUUGCCGGCCUACUGCAACCCGCCCAAUCCUUGUCCAGUCGGAUACACCGAGGAGCAAGGCUGCAUCAGCGAAUUCGAGAACACAGCUGCGUUCAGCCGCGAGUACCAGCUGUCGCAGCGCUGCAUGUGCGACGGAGAGCACAUGUUCAGCUGCCCCGAUGAGGCGUCGGACCUGGAGAUCCACUUCCCGGACCGCAAGAACCUCGUGGCGAAAAAGCAGAGCCCUGAAGUGGAGAAUCCUUUUUUAUUCGGUGAACGUCUACCGAUAGCUGCGAAAAAAGGAUUCGGCGUGCAUGUCUAUUGA